AAGCGCGAUAAGAUUUGUGGAUGAGUAACAAACCGAAUUAUAAUUAUAGAGGUCGGCCUAUUAGAUCGAGGAUAGAGAUAAAGCCAUACGUUGCAUUUUAGGUGAAAAUAAUGGUUGUAUUUAGAAUAUGAAGAUUGUAAAAAAAAAUUAAAGCUGCAAAACAAGUAAAUAAAUAGAUCUAAAUUUCAAAUAAAAAAAAUAAUCAGGACAGCGAAUAUUUGUAAAGCAAUUAUAAAGACUUGAGUCCCGUUUUCGAACAGAACGGAUACAAAUACAUAUAGCUUACUUAAUCAGUCCGUUUCUUCAACUGAGCAGUUUAUAACAUGAAGCACUUCCGACUAUGCAGGCGAGAUACAGAGUUUGCAAGGAGGCGACCUGCUGACACCUCGUGGUUAACAUUUCGAACUGCUUGCGAAACUCUUGGCUAAGCUCCAGCGACAUCCCAGUCAAAGACAGGAAAAUCUUUCAGGGACACUUGGAGUGAAGUCAAGUUUUUGUAUUUCAAAAUUGAAUUCCAUUGAAAAAUAAUUGUCUAUUUUUACUGUGUUUAUCUUUACCAAUAAGGCAUACCUGAAUUAGAGAGCAAGAAAGAGAGAGAGUGAGUGUGAGUAAGAGAGACCAUUGUGUUUGUGUACAUAAUAUCAUCCAACAUUGUGAGUGGGUACUUCUAGGCCUUUCUUUGCUAUUUGGUAAACAAAGAAUACACCAAUGAUCAGAUGGCACUUUGAGUGAAGAAGAGUGAGAAGGGAGAGCCGAAAAAUUAAGACCAGAGAAAAUGGAAAGAAUUGGAAGCGUUAACAAAAAAGUAAUGGCCAGACAACACAAGGCUGAAGUUAUGAUUGCUGGUGAACAACUCAGGUUACGACUGCAUGAUGGCAAAUUGAUAAAGGAUCGCAGGUACCACCUGCGUACCUACCCAAACUGCUUUGUAGCAGAAGAGCUCAUUGACUGGCUGGUAAGCCACAAAGAGGCACCAAAUCGUCAAGUGGCUCUCGAGCUAAUGCAGCAUUUAAUAGACCAUGACAUCGUGCACCACGUGUGUGACAAGAGCCCCAUGUUCAAGGAUGCCAAACUGUUGUACCGCUUUAGGAAGGAUGAUGGCACUUUUCCCUUUAACAUUGAAGUGAAGGUCUUCAUGCGUGGGCAGGGUCUUUAUGAGCAUCUCAUCAGCAGCAAGGACUCCAUUCUCCAACUGCGGGAGGAGAGAGGGGUGGCGUACCAGCGCUCUUUCCCCGGCUGCCAGCUCAUUGACUGGCUGCUGCAGAACGGAGAGGUGCCAAGCCGGAGACAGGGGCUGGAGCUGUGCAGAGCCCUGCUAGAGCAUGGCAUCCUUCAGCAUGUCUCUCUGAAGCACCACUUCUUUGACAGUGGGCUCCUGUAUCAGUUCUGUAUUAACUUCCGCCGCCGGCGCCGGCUCGCUGAGCUGCUGAGCGAGAAUGAGCGUGACGAGGAGGGUGUGGCUCCACAGACGCAGGAGGAACAUCCUGAAAGCCCCUUCGUCCUGCGCAAGAACCCUCCUGCAGAGGGAAAUACCACCUUCUUGUCAGUUCAGCCCUCUGAACUGAAGGUUGCAUCUGGAGCACGGUGGAGCAGUCUGCCAAAUCAACAAGUAACCGGCAGUUACAGUAACUCCAACUCCCUCUCCUCAGGACCUGUGGUGAUGUGCAACCCCAAAUCAGUGCUGGGGAAAAACAUCUGCUGUGAGGAACUGUUGUCCCCUGGUGCUCCUUUCACCAGGAGAGUUUUAACGGUGUUGGGAGAUGCUUUGGGCUGGGGUUUUGUGGUUAGGGGAAGAUCACCGUGUUAUGUGCAAGCUGUGGAUCCCAGCAGCCCUGCAGCAGCAGCUGGGGUGAAGGUGCGUCAGUUUGUCUGCCAGGUGAAUGGGUGCAGUGUACUCCAUCUGGAUUACCGUACACUGAGAAAGCUUGUGAUGACCGGGCCACGCACUGUUGUACUUGAAGUGAUGGAGCCAAUCGAUUAAUUUACAGCAUCUUGUAUUUUUAGGAUUUUAUUUUCAUUUUACCAUAUAUCAUCAGGCUGUCUAUGUCUAUAGCCAAUAUUUGGUAAUUGGCCUCAGAGUGGGCCUAUAGCUGUCCAGUCAUACAUGUUUUGCUUUCAAUCUGGCCUACCUGCAGAUCAUCUUAGUUUGGACUUAAUGCAGACCUAAUAAAGACAUGUUUGUUUGUUUGUAUGUUAAGAUAAUAAACUGCACUCUGAAUGUCCAUGGCACUUCACUGAG